GUGGGGGUACCGCUGGGGAGAGGGUGCAGCUGGGGAGCGGGUGGAUCCGGCGAGUGGGGAUACCGCUGGGGAGGGGGUGCAGCUGGGGAGGGGGUGGAUCUGGGGUGUGGGGGUGCCACUGGGGAGUGGGUGCAGCUGGGGAAGGAAUGGAUCUGGGGUGUGUGGGUACCGCUGGGGAAAGGAGUGCAGCUGGGGAAGGGAUGGAUCUGGGGUGUGGGGGUGCCACCGGAGAGGCGGUGCAGCUAGGGAGGGGGUGGAUCUGGGGUGUGGGGGUGCCGCUGGGGAGGGGGUGCAGCUGGGGAGGGGAUGGAUCUGGGGUGUGGGGGUACCGCUGGGGAAGGGAGUGCAGCUGGGGAGGGGAUGGAUCUGGGGUGUGGGGGUGCCACUGGGGAGGCGGUGCAGCUAGGGAGGGGGUGGAUCUGGGGUGUGGGGGUGCCGCUGGGGAGGGGGUGCAGCUGGGGAGGGGAUGGAUCUGGGGUGUGGGGGUACCGCUGGGGAAGGGAGUGCAGCUGGGGAGGGGAUGGAUAUGGGGUGUGGGGGUGCCGCUGGGGACGGGGUGCAGCUGGGGAGGGGGUGGAUCCAGGAUGUGAGGGUGCGGCUGGGGGCGACUUCCGCGUGGGGUGAGAGGCCGCCUGCGAGGGUGACUGGGCAGGAGGGCUCAGUGCGCAAGCCGGACGUGCUGGGUCCAAGAUUAUUGAUUAAUUUGGGCACCGCGAGGGCUCGAGUCCCCCCACACCACUGCCCGGCCUGCGGGGGAGCACAGACAGCCCGGGCCCUCCCGGCUGCUGGUCCCGGGCUUUCCCCGCGCCGUUGCCGGCUCCGCCCAGAGGAGCAGCGCCCGGCGGAGGGGUCAGAAAGGCCGGGUCGCGGCGUCAGCGCGGCGACCGUCUCGAGUCCAGCGCCCGCGUCCUCCCCGACCUCCCAACGCCACCUCACGGCCUCAGGGGGACUGGGCUCCCGGGAAACCGCCGUCCACCGGGCGGACGAACACGGGCAGUAGAGGGCAGUGGGAACGCCAGGGACCAUCGCGCUGAGGAAGAUCGCUCAUCCGCCAGCCCCGCCCCGCGAGCCCCGCCCCGCCCGGCGAGCCCCGCCUCUCCCCGCCCCACUCGCUCCUCACAUUGGCCGAGUCCCCGCGGCCACACCCCCUACCAGAUUGGGGCCGCUAUUGGACUCGGCGGCCGCGGCCAAUCGGAGCCGCUCUUGCUGCGACGCCGCGGUCGGAAGCGGAGCAAGGUUGAGGCCGGGUUGGCGCCGGAGCCGUUGAGGGGUCGCUUGGAGCUCGUGCGGGGUCUCCGGUCCAGGGCGCGGCAUGGGCGUCCUGGCCGCAGCGGCGCGCUGCCUGGUCCGGGGCGCGGAUCGGAUGAGCAAGUGGACGAGCAAGCGGGGCCCGCGCAGCUUCAGGGGCCGCAAGGGCCGGGGCGCCAAGGGCAUCGGCUUCCUCACCUCGGGCUGGAGGUUCGUGCAGAUCAAGGAGAUGGUCCCGGAGUUCGUCGUCCCAGAUCUGACCGGCUUCAAGCUCAAACCCUACGUGAGCUACCUCGCCCCUGAGAGCGAGGAGACGCCCCUGACGGCCGCGCAGCUCUUCAGCGAAGCCGUGGCGCCUGCCAUCGAAAAGGACUUCAAAGACGGUACCUUCGACCCUGACAACCUGGAAAAGUACGGCUUCGAGCCCACACAGGAGGGAAAGCUCUUCCAGCUGUACCCCAGGAACUUCCUGCGCUAGCGGGGCGGGGGAGGGGCGGCCUGCCCUCAUCUCAUUUCUAUUAAACGCCUUUGCCAGCUA